GCGUCGGUCGUUCCUCUCUCUCUCUCUCCCUCUCUCUCGCGAACGCGUAGAUUUCCUUUUGUUCUCCGUCUUCUUCCUCGUUCCUCCCGGUCUGGAGAAAGCGGAACCACGCGCGGCAUCUUCCGCGAGAGCAUCGCGGAAAAACCGCGCGCGUUCACGAGGACGACGCUCUCGAUGACGGGUGUAUCUUCUCACGGCGUCUCGAGGUGUGCGGCAUAACUGAAAGCCAUCUCACGGGAAAGAGGAUAGCGGUAUGUACUCGUCUACUUGUCCGAAAACUUGGAAAACGAUUGGAUGUUGUAUUUUUCCCCUCGGACAAGGACAGUGAUCGCUCGCGACGAGAAUCUCUGCCGGAUCGCCGGUACGACCGACCAGUGUGAACUUGUAUAAGUGGCGGUUUUCAAUGACACGUGACGCUGUCUGUUCUCCGCUGUUGGUGUUCUCCGCACUCUUAGUGUAAUUCUGUGACGAACAAGCAACGCUGUCGGUGUUCGCAACAACUAAUUUUCUCCACGCCUACGAGGAUUUUCCUGUUGUCUCGUCGUACAAUGUAGUAAAGCCGGUUGCGGAAGAAAGUUACGUCCGACGAAUCGAAUUCACGGUGCAAAUUGGUGCGUUGGGAAACAGGGAGGCUGUGAUGAGGGAAGUCGGCUAAGAGGAGCCCGUGUCGCGCAAGCGCCGGUAGAGGAGUGUAGGAAAGAUGCCGCUUUCCUUGAGAGUCUUAUUAAGCCCGCUGCUGCUUCUAAUCAUCGCAGGAAGCACCGGCGCCUUCAGCUCCCGGCAAGGAGAAUGCUUGUUUCCAGCGAAAUGGGAAGGCGCGUGGUUCCAAAGUGGCGUGAGGCAAUCAAUAUUAAUUUCCAAGAACGAAUUAUCCACCAAGGGCAGGUGUCUGCACAACGAAGGUGACAAGUACCUAUUGGUAGAUCAGAAAUCAUGCUAUCGUUGUGUCGUCAUUCACGAGAAGCAUUCCAACGUUCUACAGUAUAAAGAGACUUUUUGCCACAGUAGGAACUCUCUGGCGUCUCUCUGCUCGUACAUUACGGGGGAUGCGUUACUCUACUCCAUGUUCCGCGAGGAGGCACUCCCUGUAGCGUGCCCUUUUCGCGGUCCCAUGACCUUUUCGUACAAUCGUGGCCACGGCACGUGCUCGAAUCCACCGAGCAACGUCGACACCUGUACAGAUGACAGCAGACUUCUCUUCAAAUAUCAAGCCUGUCCUGACGUACCCGCUUCGGAGAGUGCAGUGGAGGAGCUGGAAUGUCUGGCCACCUGGAAGGAGGGCAGCAGCCGUUACUUAGUCGGCCGUCUACAUCACGGCCACGCGUCCAGUAACGAAGAUCGAUACCGGUGCUUCGUUUACGAAAAGGCAGGUCAGACUGUGCAGGGUAAUCUGAACAGGGCGGCCAUGGGUAUGGGCACCAUGGACCACGAAGUCGCCUUGCCGGGCGGGCCGGUGCCUGAAGGCUCCGCCGAGGUAUACCGGGUGGCACAGAGCGGCGACGCGACGUGCAACGGUCUGUUCAGUCCCAUGGAAGGUUCCCGAACGAUGACCCUGAGGAAAGUCUCGUCCCCGGGCGAAUGUCGGUUUCCGAAUUGGCUGACUGGACACUCGAGCGGCGGACUGACUUGGCACACUUUGGACCUCGGCAGAUCCUACACGUUUCAUCCGCGAAACGCGUCUCUGCACGUCACUAGACCGAACACGACUUCGUCAAGUUUUGAAAGCGGGUCCAUGGACUUGCAAUACGUGCCUGGACCGGAGGAUCAGGACGUGAAGAUCCUUUGUAACAGCAUAAAACAGUCGAAUGGCGCACAGACUAUGACGACGAUGACUCUGGUGGCACACUUCACUGUCGGCUGUCGAAGCGGUUUUAUGUGCAUGACAUUCUACCGAAGAGACGGCCACGUGAUCGAGCUACAAACGGGAAGUGCAGUAUCUAGACCGGAAGAAGCAUGCAGCCCACCCCAUUUUCUGCAGCACAGUACGCCUUUUCUCACCUUAGUCACGAGCUCUCCGGAACCACGUACCUGUCCAUACUUGGGCAAGUUCACAGUGACGGAUGUGAAUCGGAAUCAACGGAACACGCGCGAAAGCCGCAGAAGUCAGCAUCAGCAAGAAUCUUUGUCCAUCCGACACGAUGGCGAGAAGGUGCGGCAUGCCCAAGAGAGAAAUGAGGAUCGGCGAGGUCGUAAGCUGGAUUAUGAGGUCGAGAAGAGGCGGACCAACAAUGAGUAUCUCGUCCACGAGAGGAUGGGUCGGCGAGCACGUUCGAAUCGCGGCAACCGAAGUCGUAAGGACUACAGCCUGGAAGAAAUGUCCUCAUCGAGAAGAACUUCGGAGCUAGAGGAGACUUUCCGGGAUCUACGAGAGCGCGCCUUGCGAUCGAAGGUUAGACGAUCGGGCGAUCUGGAGCAACGCGUCGCCGAGAGCUCACAUUCUAAGACGAGGAGAUCGCGCGCUGUCGAACACCUCGAGAAAGACACGAUGGAUCGCGGAAGAGUUGACAAAAACGAGGGCGAGACGAUUGAAGACGAGGUAAAUUCGAAAGAUAAGACGAACAGAUCGAGAAGAUACCCAAAGAUAGAAGACUUUCAUCCGUAUGACGUUGAUACAAUCAGACGGUUUUGGGCCGCCGAUUCGGACGACAGCUGGACCUCCAGUACAUUGCAAGUGCAAGGCGAUUAUUUCGGGGAUUAUUUAGACGCCGAUAGCCCGCCGCGAAAGAGAUCCGCGUCGGGGAAUCCAGUCGACAAGGGUAUGACCUAUAAGGAUCUCCUGAGAAUGAAGAGGGAGCUCGAGGAACACGAGAGGGAUGAGGAUAUUCCCGAGAGGAGGGAGAAGAGAAACGAGGAUGACUCGAGGUGCAGUUCUGAGGUGACGACCUUAACCGUGGGUUGCUCCACGGCGGACAGGAUGGAGUUUCAAAGUGACUGCGUCAACGACGACGCUAUCACCGCCUACUCCUGCCACGGUAGAUGGUUCGACGCCGAGGGCACGCAGUUCGUGAUCGCCACCCCGUUGGCGCGCAGAACAGCGUGGUCGAACAGCGAGAACAACAGGGCGCAGCCCUACAGGAACAGCCGUAGACUGUGCUUCAUGUACAAAGAGAGCGGCGGAGUUGUCAGUUUAACUGCCAGCACCAUAGCGUGUCAGAGGGGCAUCCCACCGCCCACGCCGAUGUUGGCCUUCAACGCUACCAGCACCGGCCAGUGCAUGGAAGCGAACGGCGGACAGAUCAGCCGAUCGACGUACCUGACGAUCGUCCUGCUGACGGCGGUCACCGUGAUAUUCAGGUGAUUCUAAUCGAAAGCACGACAAUUAUUCGAAAUCAAUUAAGGAUCGAACUCAAACGCGGUGUCGGACACUCAGUGAAGAUCGUUAUAAGAAAUAUUCGCGAUACAGUGAUCGGCCGUGCGUGGCUCGAUCGAUCGGGCAGUAUGUAACAACUGCAGAUGAGUGCGAUCUUAGACCGUGAAUAAGAAAGAUACGGAAAAAGAGGAGCUCAUCGACCGAUUAGACAAUCGUGCUCGUGGCUCCUAUUAGUUUCUUCAAACUGUCGUCGGGAGAAACUCGCGUUCGUGCGAUCGUCGUUCCAAAGCCAAAGCGCAGUCGGCGUCGUCGAUGAAACGGAUAAGCAUUAACGAAUGACGAACGACAGAAUCGCACGAGAGAUCAUCCUGCGAAGAACCGAUGAAAGAUCCGCAAAAAAAGCUCCUGGAUUUUUGCAACAAUUCCGGCGUGCACGAUUUUAUUGGGGAGAGUUAGACGUCGAACGAAUUACGUCGGUGGCAUAAAUCGCGAUCGAAGCGAUCGAGAGAACAGCUCGAGCGUGAGUUUUCCCUGGCCAAUAGAUUUUUUUACCAGACGUAGCGCGUAGGCACUAAGGUUGAAAUCGGGCGAAGCUGACGGAGUUGUUAGGCGAUUUUUAUGGUUAGGCCAUAUCACGAUCGGUAUCGCGAACGAGACGCGGAUCUCGGUCGAGGGGCCGCAAUUCGCCCUCGUAAGAUCGAUCGUCCCGGAGUCCUCUCGUUCUUGAUCGAUAAGACGCGCGAUCGUUACUCUUUAGGACAAACAGAAAAAGAUGACUACUACGAAGAGACUAUAUUCUCAAUAAGUGCAAAAAAAAGAAAGGGAAGAAGCAUUUACUCGGUAAAUAUUUUCUUCGCCGGGCGCGCGCACGCUCAUUUCUUUGCUCAUUCUCGGGCAUGUACCCUCAAUAAGUACCGAGUAUCGACGAUAUGCGUAAUAAUUAUAUCGAUUAAUUACAAAUAAUAUACGCUAUCGUUUUUUCAACGGAUCGAGGCGGAUCCCCGCUUGUCCUGAAGUGACGCCACAAAGAAUGAAGAGAAAUGAAUCGCGGGUGAGUUGCUCGUUCUUCAUAAGACGAGCUUAGCCGAACGAGAGUGGUUUAGCUGAGCGACAAAUGGAGAAUGAGGAUAGUGAGCCUUAAUUAACAUGGCGGAGUCCUCUAGUCGAGGACUCACGAUAAGAACAAACGUGUAAUAUUAUUUCAUCCCGAACCAGUCGAGGAUUAAAGAAGGUCAAGAGAUUAUUAAACGAGACUAGGGACUCCGUUCUGGAUGUCACCAUGGUACACCGGUUUUCUCUUCCUCGGGACUCACACGGCUCACCACAUUUUUCUUUAUUCAUGCGUCGAGAGGGGCCGCCGAGGAAAUCGCACGACGCGACGCGUCCCUCCGCGUAGAAAGGCAGACGAGUGAUCCUUUGAUCUAUAUUUUCGCUUCAUUAGCAUCUCGUUAGACGCGACGCAAAUGCAACAACUCCCCGGCUGAUCCUAAGUUUUUAUUCGUCGAAGAUAAAGAUCACGUGCGAUGUCACCGUCAAGUCGGGGGGAUUGCCUUUAACGUUAAAUGUACGGUGACAGCGCGAGAUUUUUGUCUCCUGAUGAGCAGUCGAUUAGCUUAAUUAAUGACGGGACGUGCACGGACAACGUCUCUUCGGCGAUGACCCGCUCGGCGCGAAAUGUUAAUAUUAAGCAAUAAGCAAUAAAGAAACACGAAAUAUGUAUACAGAGACGUAAACACACGCAGACACAGACGUUUACGCGGUAGCAGUACGCUCGAGAGAACGGUGAUAACGAGGAGAUAAUGGAAUCGAGCGUGAAGGCGUUAACUCGAAGAAGGAACUCAAUCAGUUCCGAUUUUCGCAAUUAAUGACGUCAAGAAGAAGGCCGAACGGUGUAGGAUGCUACGAUAUUAUUGUAACUAAUACAGAGUCUAUAUUAUAUAUAUUAUUGUACAACCAUCUUUGUAAUAAUUAAGCUGUAAUCGAGUGACGAGAGAUGUAGAAGGAAGAGACAAACAAAGAGGAAGUUAGGAACAACAGACAGAGUGAGUGAGAACUGAAGCGUGUGUGUGUGUGUGUGUGCGUGUGUGUGUGCGUGUGUGUGCGAAAAUGAAAGAAAAUUGGAAUGAGAGGGGGGACUGGGGCAUGAAAAAGAGUGAACCAUAGGAAAAAGCCAAUCGCUAUUUUAGCACUUUUUCAAUCGCGUCGUACGUAAUUUCUACGCCAUUAAGAUUUUUCGUCGGAUUUUGGUUUAAUCAAUCAACGAUGUCGGUGAGAUCGAUUCUUGAGAGGAAGCAAGAUGCGAUGAAAGUCUCAUCGAGCCGUCAUUCGCCGUUCGUUCAUCCGCGUUCAAUUACUUUGUUCUUUCUCUCGUCGAUCUCAAUCGAAAUUGCUUGUGAUGCCGUGACCUACGUUUUCGCAAGAAUUUCGUUGAUUCGUGUUAUUUGCGUUUAUACUUUUGCUCCAGUCGGUCGUCGAGAUUGUUAAGGUGCCUUUUCAUGCUGAUGCUCGAUACUCAUUUUCAGCGUCAAAAUAGAUUAUAUAAUUAAAAUUGACGCUAGACAAUGCAUGAAAAUGAUGUAGCGUUAUGUAUAUGGCGUUCAUUUUUUUUCUAAUACUAUAACAACAUUGUAACGUUCCAGCAAUAUUACAGUAAUAUUGCAAACAUUGCAAUAAUGCUGUAAAUUUCUGUGCUGUAUAAGAAUAAAUCCUACUUUCAGCGUUUAGACGCUAAGCGUUAUAUUAAAAUCACGCUAACGCUACUCUUUAAUUGGUACUUUCUAAUUGUAAAAUCACUAAAUACUUUCAUGCACACGGUGAUACAAGUUGUGUUCCAAUUGUUGUAAUCGUCGACAAAACACUACACAUCGAUACUCAGCUUGAGAGUUACUAGUGAUUGGCUGCAUAAAUUUGUUUUCUAAUAAUAAUUGUUACUAAUCAUGGCUACUAAUAAUUAAAAUUGGAGAUUGAAUAGCCGGUAUUUUUUUUUUAUUCAUUACAAGCGAAAAAAGCUACAGCACACUUUAUCUCAGCGAUGUUCUUGCGAAUGUUCUCAGAACAUUGGGACAUUUUGAUGUUCUCCAAAAUGUCUCUUGGACAUCUGUGUUAUAUGGAUUUAAUCUAUCGUACACAUUCUGUUUAGUUAAGUCGUGUACAAUAUUACAAUAUUACAAUAUUUGUGCAUUCCUGUGUACGUUUGUGUUAAGCAAUUGGAAAACACCCAGCAUCUCAAAUGAAAUGGCACCUUUAAGCAUCGCAUGUUAUUUCACGCCUACUCAAGGAUCCUCUCGGACAACGCACUUCAUCGGGCAGUGUCUCCGUUUCAGGGUUCUCAGAAGAGAAGGGCUCGAUCGACUUUCGUUGACUUCUCGGUGGAUUCGUAUACCGUGAAGAUAUUAUUGUCAGUGCGCACAACAACUACGAGUAUAGCGCGGUCUCGCACUACGCGAGCGGUGCAUUCUCAUUUUUCACCGACAGGUAGGACUUAAGCUAUUUAGGACACUUAGCGAUUAUCACAUUAGGAGCCAUAUUGUACCUACGAGCGCAGCGUAUACAUAUAUAUAGCAUAUAUGAAGUAGUGUUAAUAUCGGGUCUAGCCAUUAAGAUUUCUCUAGCUUCUUAGGGAUAAUAAGCUCAUUGUGAACAACAAUCAGAUCUGAUUUAGAUGCCCCGCGGUCACAAAUCACGUGUGUACAAUCCUGAUGAAGCCCAAUCGUCAAUCUCGCGUCUAACGACGGGAAUUCCGUGAUAAUUCAAAGUCUAACGUCGAGGGAGUGUGCGACUGUCGAUGGGAAAACAUAGAAUACGAGUAAUCUACUCUACUCUGUUCUAGGAAUUAAAAAAAAAAAAAUCUAAAAUCAAUUUUAAAUUUCCUGAAUUUUGCAAUGUCAAUUUUUGCGAACUGAACUUUUUGAGCUAAAGCUUUCUAACAAAACAAAUUAUGGAAGGUCUUGUUUUUUGAAGGUUUUUACGAUCAUUGAUUUUGAUUCUAACCUCAGAAUUCUAAAAUUCAAAUUUAAAAAAAAUAAUCUGACUAUCAUGAAACUCAAUUUUAAGAGAUUCUUGAUAUCGCUGAGUUUCAUUCAGUUUUCUGAAAAUUCGAAAGGGUAGUAACAUCGAAUGAGAAAGGAUCUAAUGUUACAAGGCUCAUAAUCAGAGUUUGAAAGUCAAUUCGAAAAUCAGUAUUAACUGUUUGCAUAGCAUUGAUGAGCUUUAAAUAACGUGAAAUUGGAAACUAGAUGUUAUUUCACAAUUAAAAAUUUCCAAAAAUCGUAUUUUAUAACUGAAAAAUGAGAUCUUUUUUUUA